AUGCCAGGGUGCCGCAUCAGCGCCUGCGGCGCAGCGCCCCGCCCGGGGGAGCCGCCGCCCCCUCCCACUCCCCUCUCCUUUCCCCCGCCUUCCUCUCUGGCUUCUUCGGACCCUGCGGAUGAGCCGGGCUCCCCACCUUCGUCACCACCUCCUCAGCCCCCUCCGCAGCCCCAGCCCGCAGCCCCUGGGACCACGACCGAGACAGCGACCGCGGAGAAGGGCGCGGGGCGCGGUUUGGAGCUGCAGCGCUGGCGGCCCGGUGGGCACGGUGCGGCGGGCGCGGCAGCGGCGGGCAGUCGGGCGCUGGAGCUGGCUGAAGCCCGGCGGCGGCUGCUGGAGGUGGAAGGCAGGCGGCGGGUGGUGUCGGAGCUGGAGAGCCGGGUGCAGCAUCUCCAUCGCGUCUUCCUGGCAGCCGAGCUGCGCCUGGCGCACCGCGCCGAGAGCCUGAGCCGCCUGGGCGGCAGCGUCUCCCAAGCCGAGCUCUACCUGGCUGCCCACGGGCAGCGGGCCAAGAAGGGGCUGAGGCGCGGCAAGCGGCCCCGCCCGCCCGCCCUGCUCGCCUCGGCCCUGGGCCUGGGAGGCUGCGUGCCCUGGGCCGCCGGCCGCCUGCGGAGGGCCGGGGCCGGGCCCGCCGCCGCAGCCGCCUCCCCCGAGCCUGACUCCCCCUUCCGCCGGAGCCCACCCCGAGGCCCGGCCUCCCCCCAGCACUGAGGCCGCGGAGGAGGAGGGAGCCGCCGCGGCGGAUGGACGCCAGCUGGAGCCAAUGGAUGGACACAGCGGCCGGGCGGACACUGCGGGGACCGCGGGCGCCCUGAGCGGAACAAGCACGACUAAGCGAGUUUCUCUGGGUGGGGCAUCUGGCGGGCCCCUUUCCCCCUGAUUUCCUCCCCUCUCAGCGGGAGGCAACUCUCAGAACCGCAAUAAAGCUGUGGGCCCUGGGCCUGUUCCCCUCCCUCCCCCCGAGGCUUCCUCUCCCGGACUGGACUGCGGAAGAAUGGGGUUGGUGAGCGAUGGGCCUCCAUUUUGCGGAGGGGCAAAAUGAGGUGGGUGUGGUCCCAGAGUUGCAGAAAUGUAUGUUUUGGGCAGCCCGGCUUGGUAUUUGGGGGUCCCGGCUUCAGUACUUCGUCCUCCUAUCUGUGUCCCACCUCCAGGAGAUAUUCAGGGCAGCCUUUAUACUCUUAAAUCUACCCUGUGUCCAAAUGCGCUUCCCCAGAGUCCCAAGAAGCUGGAAAAUGGAUCUAGAUUUCUGGCACCACUCAGAUCCUCAAAAGAGCCCUCAAAGGGCUUUGGUUAGGGGAAAGAGAGGGCUCCCAGGGAGCCGGUAGAAGAUCAGAGCCCAUCCAGCCUAUUCGGGGUUUAGCUCUGCUCUUUGCUAGAUGAGUGACCUUGAGCGAGUCACUGCCCUGGUCUGAGAUUUCCACUACCUACCUCAUGGGCACGAUAAUGAAGAAAGCACUUGGCAAACAUAAAAAUGCUGCAGAAAAGUGAGAUGUUUAUGUACAGGGAAGAAACAGGCCCAGAGUGGGGGGAAAGGCUUUUCCAAGGUCAUUCCAACCACUUCAUGGUAGAAUUGGGACUAAAAUCCAGGUGUUCUGAUGUCCUAGUUAAGGGCCCCCUCCUCCCCGCUUCUGCUUUCUCCUGUUGUUACUGUCUUCUGAUCCUCUUUCCCAAGUGCCCCAGGCCUGGGCAGGCCCUGGGGUGUUGUUUUAAAGCUGCCUGGGGCUGCGACUAUGCCGCUGGCUUGCACCUGAGCCAGGUCCUGGGGCCUUUGUCAAUUCUCUUGGGCCCCCUUGCUCUGAGCUCUGCUGCCUGGUAACUUCCAGCAGAGGAUGAGCGCGGCACAGAGCUGGCAUCCUCUGGCAGGAGAAGCUGAGUGAGGGCCUGCUGGGGUGACUGACUCAGAGUCAGACCCGAAAAGCUCCCUGCAUUCACUGUCCUAGGUGGGGGCCUUGAACCUUCAUGGCCAGCCUCUCCUCCGACUAUCAUCUUCGGCAUACUGAGCUGAUAUGGGGUUUGGAGGCAAAGAGAUGAGAAAACUGAGACCCAGACUCCAGGACUGACUUUCCUGAGUGAGGAGCACUGAUGCCUCUCUGCAUACCAUCAUCAUUGCCAUCAUCAUCAUCAUCAUCAUCAUCUCCAUUGCCAUCAUCAUUGUCGUUAUCAUCGUCGUCAUUGUCAUCAUCGCCAUCAUCAUCAUCAUCGUUAUCCUCGUCAUCGGCAUUAUAUAUUCUGAAGACUGGAGACCUCAAUUCAUGUACUAGCUCUCAGAAUCUAUCUCAGAGCUCAAAAGGGCCUCAGAAAUAAUUUAAUACUAUCCCUACUUUCGUAUAUUGCAUAGACAUUUGCUUCCCUAUAACUUCAUUCAUUUUUCAGUUCAUUCAAUAAGUAACUGUUAAAUGUUUACCAUUCCUGGCAGAUGCACCAUCUUGGCCUUGGGGAUACAAAGAGGGAGGCGACACAGGCCCCACUCUGCAUCUGAGGUGUGGAGACAACACAUAAAUAAUGAGUAAAAUUACCGUGAGUGUAAA